CCAGAACAGCAAUUUCGGCCAAUCAUUCUCCGUUUCUGAAAAAAAGAAAGAUGGCGAGCUCCAUCGGUGGCAUCCGCAUCUUACGGCGAAUUGACUUGCACCGCAGCACAGCCUGGCUGUGUGCCUCAGGACCAGGGCGCUGUGAUGGCCGCCGCUCGCUGCACGGCACUCUGGGAUACGUGCCGCGGCGAGCGGUGCUGUACGUCCCCGGGAACGACGAGCGGAAGCUGCGUAAGCUGGCCUCGCUGGACGUGGACUGCGCCGUGCUGGACUGCGAGGACGGCGUGGCGCUCAACAAGAAGGCCGAGGCUCGGGAGACCAUCGGGAGGAUGCUGGGCGAGCUGACUCUGGGACGCACGGAGAAGUGUGUGCGCGUGAACUCGGUGUCCAGCGGCCUGGCCGAGGCCGACCUGGAGGCCGUCCUGCAGGGGGCGGUGCUGCCCCCCGCCCUGAUGCUGCCCAAGCUGGAGGACACUCAGGAAGUGCAGUGGUUUGUGGACAGAUUUGGGCAGUGCCUGAAAGGGAGAGCCCUGGCCGAGCCCAUUCGCCUGGUCACCUUCGUGGAGACGGCAGUGGGUCUGCUCAAUUUUAAGGCCGUCUGUGAGGAGGUUCGCCAGCUUGGCCCGCGGGUCGGCCUGCACCACGAUGGCGUGGUGUUCGGCUCUGACGACUUCUGCGCCAGCAUAGGCGCGACCCGUACGAAAGGCGCGGCGGAGCUUCUGUACGCGCGGCAGAAGGUGGUGGUGACGGCGAAGGCCUUCGGCCUGCAGGCCAUCGACCUCGUUUACAUCGACUACCAGGACGGAGACGGGCUACGCAGGCAGGCCCGAGAGGGAGCGCUGAUGGGCUUCACUGGAAAACAAGUAAUUCACCCCAAUCAAGUCAAAGCUGUGCAGGAAGAAUUCUCGCCCAGUCCAGAGAGGGUGGAGUGGGCUCAGCAGCUGAUCGCUGCGUUUGAGGAGCAUCAGAAGUUGGGAAAGGGAGCGUUCACCUUCCGCGGCAGCAUGAUUGACAUGCCCUCGCUGAAGCAGGCCCAGAACAUUGUUGCCAUGGCCGCCGUCGUUGCCGGGCAGUGAGCCUCAGUGGUCCCGCCCGGCGUGCCUCAGCCCCGCCCUGUUUCCACACCUCCUUGGGGCCCCGCCCUGUUUCCACACCUCCUCAGGAUCCCGCCCACUGCAGGAGACGGGCCUUCUCUAAAGGAGCUAAAAAACCGCCUUGUCUUGCUGUUGAUUCAAAACGGUUAAUUUGUGCUGAUUUAGUCCCCGCUUAAUAUGACAAAUGUUUUUGUGUUGAACUGCAUUUUAUUUUGACAGCUGAUUGGGGAGUGGAGUGGAAGGGGGAGGGGAGGGGGAGGGGAGGGGGCAGUGAUGCGUUUUUUGAUGUCAGUCUGAGGCUUGACCAUCUUCUCUGGAAGUUCCUUUGAGCGCGUAACUCCCCUGCUCUGACUGUUAGUGUGCAGAUGUGAAGUUGUGCCAUGGCAGUGCUUGAGUGUGCGUGUGUGUGAGUUUGAGUGUG